CUCCAACCUCUCAUUCCAUUCCCAACCUCUCUGUUUUCUCCUUUCUGUCACCCAUGGAAGUCCUCAUAAUGUCUCCCUCUUCAUCUUCUUCUCUGGUUUCCUUUUCCCAGGAAACUCCGUCUUCAACCCUUCAGCAGAGGCUGCAGUUUGUAAUCCAAAGCCAGCAAGAUUUGUGGGCAUAUGCUAUAUUUUGGCAGACACUAAACGAUGACCUGGGUAAUCUGUUCUUGGCUUGGGGAGAUGGUCAUCUUCAAUGCACUAAAGAUGCUUCUCCAAGGUUGAGUUCCAGCUUCCACAGCGAACGAACUAAGGUGAUGAAAGGAAUCCAAGCCCUCAUUGGAGACCACCAUGACGUCGAUAUGUCUAUGAUCGACGGAACCGAUAUCACUGAUGUCGAAUGGCUCUAUAUGAUGUCAAUGACUCGAUCCUUCUCUGCUGGCGAAGGGAUUCCUGGCAAGGCUCUUAGUACUGGGUCUUUGGUUUGGUUAACUGGUGCUCAUGAGUUGCAAUUUUACAAUUGUGAAAGAGCUAGAGAAGCCCAAAUGCAUGGACUUGAAACACUGGUUUGCAUACCCACUUCUUGUGGUGUUCUUGAACUAGGAUCCUCCGAGAUUAUCAGGGAAAACUGGGGUUUAGUCCAGCAAGUGAAAUCCCUAUUCGAAUCCGAUCUCAUUGGUCUGGUUCCAAAACAAUCGACUCCUCCAAAUUUAACCCCAGCUUCGAUCCAGUUCCUUGACAGAAAUAUCUCAUUUGCAGACAUCGGCAUAAUAGCGGGUGUUCAGGAAGAAGACGAUGCAAGCCAGGAUAUUAAAACAAAGCAAGAGCACAGCAAUAACCAAACCAAGAAAGAUUCCUCAAAACUUGGGCAACCUUCUUAUGUGGACUCAGAGCAUUCAGAUUCUGAUUUUCCAUUACUAGCCAUGAAUAACGUGGAGAAGCGAACCCCAAAGAAACGAGGAAGGAAACCCGGGCUCGGACGAGAGACACCGUUGAACCAUGUGGAAGCGGAGAGGCAACGCCGUGAGAAGCUGAACCACAGAUUCUACGCUCUCCGAGCAGUAGUCCCGAACGUGUCGCGCAUGGACAAAGCAUCGCUCUUAUCUGACGCUGUUUCCUAUAUCACUGAUCUAAAGGCGAAAAUUGAUGAAUUAGAGUCGCAGCUUCAGAGAGAGCGUAAGAAAGUGAAGGUAGAAAUGGUUGAUACAAUGGAUAACCAAAGCACCACUACUACUACCACAUCUGAGGAAGAGCAACAGGCAACCAGGCCCAGCUAUUCAUCUCCUGGAACUGGGAGUGGCAUUGAACUGGAGGUCAAGAUUAUGGUAAAUGAUGCAAUGAUUAGGGUUCACUCAGAGAAUGUGAACUAUCCAGCAGCUAGGCUAAUGGGUGCCCUUCGUGACUUGGAAUUCCAGGUCCAUCAUGCAAGCAUGUCGUCUGUUAACGACCUCAUGCUUCAGGACAUUGUGGUCAGGCUUCCUGAUGGGUUGAGAACUGAAGAAGGCCUCAAAUCUGCUCUUCUCAGGAGGCUAGAUCUGCAGUAAGGUUUAAUUAUGGUUAUCCAGAGUUUGUAUUUUAAAAUGCUCUAUUUCCUCCUACUUAUUUUUAUCCCUUCCGUUUCUUUCUUCUUUCAGUUUAUUUUGUUUUAACUUUUGCUUCGUCUUCAGGUUUGCUUUAGCCGUUUCUUUUCUUUUCUGCUUCUUACUAUGUAACUCUUGGGGGAGGGGGUUCUGCGCUGCUUUCUUUUAUCAAAUGUUCUAUAUUUAUUCUA